ACUUCAUGUACAGCAGUUUGCGGUCAUAUCAGUUAUCUUUAAGCGACACCUGUUGCCACAGAUUCCACUCGAUUAUAUUUCAAAAAACCUCUGGUCGGAAGCACUCUCUGCAUGCAUUUCGAAGCCUUUGAACAGAUUCACCUUCAAGCAUCGAGACGAAUUUUUGCAGACCCGUUAGACAUAUUCUCUAGAAAUGGGCAGUUUAGGUGGAGUUGCUCAACUCAAUUCCGGCACCACAAUACCAUUAAUUGGUCUUGGAACCGCUUCAGACAAACAGAACUAUGAUGAAAUUAAGGGAGCAGUAGCUGCAGCUUUGGAGGUAGGGUAUAGACACUUUGAUACGGCCAGCCUUUAUGGGUCAGAGAUAGCAUUAGGGGACGCUCUCAAGGAGGCCUUUCAAAAUGGGGUUGUUACAAGGGAUGAGGUUUUUGUCACCACUAAACUGUGGAGCGAAGAUUUGGAAGAUCCUGUUAAUGCGUUGAAGACAAGUUUAAAAAAUAUGCAGUUGGAAUACGUAGAUCUUUACCUUAUCCACUGGCCAGUACACCUGAGAAAGGGAGCCUUACUUCCAGUCCCUAGGGAAGAAGACUAUCUACCCUUAGAUAUGAAGUCUACAUGGCAAGGAAUGGAGCAGUGUAUUGAGCUGAGUCUCACUAAAGCUAUUGGCGUAAGCAACGUCUCCAGUAAGAAGAUUGAAUGCCUGUUAAGCUAUGCCAAGAUAUUCCCUGCUGUCAAUCAGGUAGAGAUGCAUCCAAUGUGGCAGCAGAGAAAACUUAGAGACUACUGCAGUACGUUGAACAUUCAUGUCAGUGCAUGGUCUCCUCUUGGAGGAUCACCCACUUCUCAGUGUGCGGUUAGUGUCAUGGAUCACCCUGUUAUCAAAGAGAUUGCAGAAAAGCAUGGAAAAUCUACAGCCCAGGUAGGUUAUCGACACUUUGACACAGCAAGCCUUUACAACUCAGAGCGUCCACUUGGGAAAGCUCUGCACGCGGCUUUUCAAAAUGGACUUGUUAACAGGGACGAUGUAUUUGUCACCACCAAACUAUGGGAUACCCAACAUGACGACCCUGUCACUGCAAUCAAGAGUAGUUUGAAGAAUUUACAACUGGAUUACGUUGAUCUGUACCUUAUCCACUGGCCCGUCAAACUAAGAAAAGAAGCUCCAAUUUCCAUGUUCAAGCCUGAAGAAGAAGACUUUUUGCCCUUAGAUAUGAAGUCUACUUGGAAGGGUAUGGAGCAGUGCUUGGAGAUGGGGUUUGCCAAAGCCAUUGGAGUUAGUAACUUUUCCUCUAAGAAGAUUGAAGAUCUAUUGAGCCAUGCUAAGAUCCCUCCUGCUGUUGAUCAGGUAGAGAUGCAUCCACAAUGGCAGCAAAAGAAGUUGAGAGAUUAUUGCAGCAAGCAUAACAUUCAUGUGAGUGCAUGGUCUCCUUUGGGAGCUCCAAAUACUACGUGGGGCUCAAAUCUGGUGAUGGAUGACCCCUUCAUCCAUGAGAUUUCUCAAAAGUAUGGAAAGACUAGAGCCCAGGUUAUGUUAAGGUGGGGAAUAGAACAGGGAGUGAGUGUGCUGCCCAAGAGCUAUAACAAAGACAGAAUAUUUUCAAAUUUUCAAAUAUUUGAUUGGUCUUUGACUCCAGAUGAUCAUGGUAAGAUUGGCAUGCUUAAUCAGGUUAAGUUAGUUCGUGGGGAUGCUUUUGUUAAUAGCACAACCAGCCCCUACAAGACUGUUGAAGAAUUAUGGGAUGGAGAGAUUUAAUCUUUGGAAUUUGAAUGUCACAUAGACCAUUUGCUACUUGCAAUAACAGUCCUUUGUUUUAAGCUCCGAUGUGAUAUAAAGUGAUGAUUUAAUAUGUUAUUGAGACAACAUU